ACCACAGACUCCGCCCACCUAGGUGUGGCUCUGUGCUCAGGCUUUUUAGAGGCCAGGUCGAAGGAACUUUAGGGGUAGACGGUUCGAGAUGAGGAACUGGACCACGCAGCUGUCAGAGGCACCAUGAACCAGGACACCGAAGUGGACAUGAAGGAAGUGGAGCUGAACGAGAUGGAACCCGAGAAGCAGCCGAUGAACGCGGCGUCGGGGGCGGCGGUGGCUGUGGUCUUGGCGGGCGGCACCGAGAAGAACGGCUUGGUGAAGGUCAAGGUGGCCGACGAUGAGGCGGAGGCGGCGGCCGCCGCCAAGUUCACGGGCCUGUCCAAAGAGGAGCUGCUGAAAGUGGCGGGCAGCCCCGGCUGGGUACGCACCCGCUGGGCGCUGCUGCUGCUGUUUUGGCUCGGCUGGCUCGGCAUGCUGGCGGGCGCCGUGGUCAUCAUCGUGCGGGCGCCGCGCUGCCGCGAGCUGCCCGCGCAGAGCUGGUGGCACAAGGGCGCCCUCUACCGCAUUGGCGACCUUCGGGCCUUCCAGGGCCGCGACGCGGGCGACCUAGCGAGCUUGAAGGGGCGUCUUGAUUACUUGAGUACCCUGAAGGUGAAGGGUUUUGUGCUGGGCCCAAUUCACAAGAACCAGAAGGAUGACCUCGAAGGGACCAACUUGGAAGAGAUCGACCCCACUUUUGGCUCCAAGGAAGAUUUUGACAGUCUCCUGCAAUCGGCCAAGAAGAAGAGCAUCCGGGUCAUUCUGGAUCUCACUCCCAACUAUAAGGGCCAGAACUCAUGGUUCAGCUUCACUCAGAUUGGCACUGUGGCCACCAAGAUGAAGGAAGCUCUGAGUUUUUGGCUGCAGGCCGGUGUGGAUGGGGUCCAGGUUCGGGACGUUGGGAAUCUGACAGGUGCGUCUUCAUUCUUGGCCGAGUGGCAGAACAUUACCAAGAGCUUCAGUGAAGAUAGGCUCUUGAUUGCAGGCACUGACUCCUCCGACCUUCAGCAGAUCCUGAGCCUGCUCGAAUCCACGAAGGACCUGCUGUUGACUAGCUCGUACCUGUCAGACUCCCAUUUCACUGGGAAUCAUACAGAUUUCCUGGUCACCCAGUAUUUGAACGCCACUGGCAGUCACUGGUGCAGCUGGAGUGUGUCUCAGGCGGGGCUCCUGACCUCCUUCGUGCCGCUUCAGCUCCUCCGACUCUACCAGCUGCUGCUCUUCACCCUGCCAGGGACCCCAGUUUUCAGCUAUGGGGACGAGAUUGGCCUGGAGGAAGCUGCCCUCCCUGGACAGCCUGUGAAGGCUCCAGUCAUGCUGUGGGAUGAAUCCAGCUUCCCCAACACCUCAGGACCUGUAGAUGUCAACAUGACCGUGAAGGGCCAGAGUAAAGACCCUGGCUCCAUCCUCUCCCUGUUCCACUGGCUGAGCGAUCUGCGGGGUAAGGAGCGCUCCUUGCUGCACGGAGACUUCCAUGUGCUCUCCUCAGGGCCCGACCUCUUCUCCUACAUCCGCCAGUGGGACCAGAACGAGCGUUUCCUGAUAGUUCUCAACUUUGGGGAUGUGGGCCAACCUGCCAGGCUGGGGGCCUCCAGGCUGCCUGCUGGCACCAGCCUGCCCGCCAGCGUGAAUCUGCUGCUCAGCACCCAGCCGGGCCGCAAGGAGGGCACCUCUCUUGAGCUGGAGCACCUGUACCUGGGGCCCCACGAGGGGCUGCUGCUCCGCUUCCCUUACGUGGCCUGACCCAGACCUACUGCCCUUUUCCACUACUUCCCAGGCCCUUAGGGCUCUGAUUUCUCUCUCUCCUUUUUUUUUUUUUUUUUAGAACUGUUACAGAUGAAUCCCCAAAUAGGGUGUGUUUUCUAGCUUCAAAUAAAAGUCACCCCUGCCUGGUGA